AUGUCGACAGACGUCUACAAGAAACACUUUAAAGAUGGCUUUGAUUUGGACACCUCGUCGUUGCCAUCACCACUGCCCUUCAUUGGCCUGUCCAAGCAGAUACUACCCAACGCAAUACUCUACGAAAUGCCCGGCGAGCGAGCACUCUUGCGCACGAGUCUUGACCUGCUGUUCAAGCAGUUCAGACUGACACAAUCCCUCAAGGACACGGGCGCGUCGUGGAAGGUAUGGCGCGUACACAUCACUGGCAUCUCUGAUAAAGACAUGAUGCCCAUGCGCAGACGACUGCUCAGACGCGUGGCCAACAUCCAUCCCACACUUAACAACAUGCUCGACAAGUCGCCGCUGACGAGGCGCCCACUCGCCCCUGGCGAGGGCCUGCUACAAUGGCACUUUAUUGGUCCCAAGCUGUGCUACGUCAGUCUGACGACUCCGGCAAUUCAGCGAUACUUUGACCGCAUGCUGUCAGGCUACCCUGGCGGCGCCAGCAAGGACUUUAUGGAGAGGCUGCGAGCACACAUUGCCAAGAGACAGGGAGUGGAGGUCGACUCGUUGGAGAGCUCGGCCGAGGAGCUGUUCAAACAACGUCUGCCAUCACGCUCAUACUUGAAGCUCUUUGAGCUGGAGAUGCGAUAUCCAGACUUCUUUGCGCACAUGACAGAGGGCAAGACCGUGGCCGACCUCGGUGCAUCACCUGGUGGAUGGACCUACUUUGCAUUGGAGCAUGGAUGUCGAGUGACCUCUGUGGACAAGGCCGAUGAGUACGAUCCACUCGUUAUCAAUUUCCCAUCAGAGCAACGACAAGCAAUUCAAGGCGACGCAAUGGAGUACAAACCAACACAACCAUUCGAUUGGCUAAUGGUGGACAUGAAGGUGCCACCAAUGACCACACUGGCAUUGUUAAAGAAGUGGCUAGAGAGUGGAUGGUGUCGUCGCUUUGUCGUCACACUCAAGUUUGAAGGUGACUUCAUGGUGACCAUGGAGACCGAAAGAUAUAUACGCGAUCAGAUUGCACCACUCACAUCAUACAUCAAUGCUCACAGUCCAGAUCAUGGAGGUAAAGAGAUAAACCUCUUUGGUCUACUCAAAUAA